GCAGUCCAUGGGGUCACAGAGUCAGAUGCAAUUUAGGACUGAACAACAACAACAGAGCAAGGAGGUGUCAGGAGGUCUUUUGGUGCUGCACGCAGGAUCUUCACUGAGCCAUGUGGGAUCUUUCCUUGCGGGGCAUGGACUCUCUAGUUGUGGCACGUGGGCUCCGGAACAAGUGGGCUUAAUUGCUCGAUGACAUGUUGGAUCUUAGUUUCCAGACCAGGGAUUGAACCUGUAUCCCGUACUUAACACCGGACCACCCGGGAAGUCUGAAUCAGCAAUUACUUAAUGAAUGAAACAAACAUUUUUCUCCAGGUCCCUUCAGAAACAAGACACGCAUCGCUAACCAAAGGCUCCGCUCUCUGGGCAAGUCUUUCAGAAAUGACCCAGAGGUGGUUUCCAGCGGGGGAUGUGGACAGAUCCCAGUUCCCGGCUUCUGCGUGUCCAUGCAGCAGAAGCACUCGCUGAAGCCUGAUGGUUCCGGGCGCCCGGGUUGGUGCACUCACGUGCCUCACGGCUCGGCCAUGAAGGCUCCUUUACGGAUCAUGAGGCCGGAUGACGCCAACGUGGCCGGCAAUGUGCACGGAGGGACCGUCCUGAAGAUGAUUGAGGAAGCAGGAGCCAUCAUCAGCACCCGGCACUGCAACAGCCAGAAUGGGGAGCGCUGCGUGGCUGCACUGGCCCGGGUGGAGCGCACGGACUUCCUGUCGCCCAUGUGCAUUGGCGAGGUGGCGCAUGUCAGCGCGGAGAUCACCUACACCUCCAAGCACUCGGUCGAGGUGCAGGUGCAUGUGAUGUCCGAGAACAUCCUCACAGGUACCAAAAAGCUGACCAAUAAGGCCACCCUGUGGUACGUGCCCCUGUCGCUGAAGAAUGUGGACAAGGUCCUGGAGGUGCCUCCGGUUGUGUACUCCCGGCAGGAGCAGGAGGAGGAGGGCCGCAAGCGCUACGAGGCCCAGAAGCUGGAGCGCAUGGAGACCAAGUGGCGCAACGGGGACAUCGUUCAGCCCGUCCUGAACCCAGAGCCGAACACGGUCAGCUACAGCCAGUCCAGCUUGAUCCACCUGGUGGGGCCUUCCGACUGCACCCUGCACGGCUUCGUGCACGGAGGGGUUACCAUGAAGCUCAUGGACGAGGUGGCUGGGAUCGUGGCUGCACGUCACUGCAAGACCAAUAUAGUCACGGCUUCCGUGGAUGCCAUUAACUUCCAUGACAAGAUCCGAAAAGGCUGUGUCAUCACCAUCUCCGGGCGCAUGACCUUUACCAGCAAUAAGUCCAUGGAGAUUGAGGUCUUGGUGGACGCCGACCCCGUGGUGAACAACUUUGUGAAGCGCUACCGGGCCGCCAGUGCCUUCUUCACCUACGUGUCCCUGAGCCCGGAGGGCAAGUCUCUACCUGUGCCCCAGCUCGUGCCCGAGACUGAGGAUGAGAAGAAGCGCUUCGAGGAAGGCAAAGGGCGGUACCUGCAGAUGAAGGCGAAGCGGCAGGGCCAGGUGGAGACUCAGGCCUAGACGCCCCUCCGGCCUGGAACAGGCCCCAGCGCCGCAUCAUUAGAAGUUACCCCCCGGCCAGAAACCCAGUUCGUGUUGACAACUGGGGUUGUGUGAAGUGUUCGUCUCGCAGUGUUAACCUCUCCCGAAAACCUCUACACCAAAGCUUUAUUUAUAUCACCCCAGUGUAAACGCUACACAGUAUUGUCCCAGUGCCCGCAGUCCCUGGAAACCCUGGGGUGACCUGGGCACACACUGUACCGUAUGUAGAGUUCAGCUUCACUAAUAAAGCUACUGUUUGGCUGGA